UGGCAAUACUUAACAAAUUGUCUAUAGUCAAUGUUUGAGUGUGAUUUGCCUGCAAUCUUAAAUGUCAUACUUAUUAGAAGAGUAGUAUUUUUGAGCUCAAAUAUAUCGGAAUGGCUGAAAACAGAGAAGAAAUUCUUGCAAAUUUUCAGGGUAUCACAAAUAUAGAAGAUGUUGCUGAAGCAAUAUUUCACUUAGAAGAAACAAAUUGGGACUUACUUUCAGCAAUUAAUAGAGUAAUGCCUCAAGAUGACAACAAUUCAGCAUCUCAGUCCAAUGACACUCAUGAUGUGGAGAUGAUAGAUGAUGAUAUAUCUGUGAUAACUCUUAAAAAACCACACCCGCCUGAUCGGGAAGAUAGAAAUCAAGCUUCAACCUCAUCUCCUAAAAAUAAUUCCAUUGACUUAAUAGAGUUACAAGUUCAUUGUAAUAAUAAAAUACAUGAAAUAAAAAUAUCUGGUGCAUCAACUGUCCAUGAUCUCAAGAAGCAAUUAGAGUUAGUUUGCGGUGUACCUGUGUGUAGGCAGCAGAUAUCUGGGCUGGGCGGCUCACGGGCUACUUCUGCAGCCACACUCUCAAGUUUAGGACUUGCUCGUAACGGAGUGUUGGGCCUCAAAGCUGCAGAACGACUUAUGGAUGAUGAUGAGGUAGCAGAAAGAUUAACAACGACAUAUGUUCUUCGAGUGAAACAUGAUCAAAGAGAAUAUACACUGAAAUAUCCCGGCACUAAAACUGUACAAGAAGUCAAAAAUGAUCUCUAUUCCCUCACAGAUAUACCUGUUCGACAUCAGGUUUGGACCGGCUGGCCUACUGUGACAGGAUUAGAUGACACGGUACUUGCCAUGGUUGGUUUAGACUUACCUCAGCACGAACUAACCGUCAAACGGGCACCUAGUAAACAACGAGAAUACAAGAGAAUAGUAGUCGAAAGUUCGGAUAGUGAUAAUAGUUCAGUAGAAGAAGUUGAAGAUGGAGACAGUUUUCCCACAGAAGAUGACAUGUUCGUUGAUGUAUCUUCAGAACGGUUACAACCACUCAUGUCUGAACAUGUCGAAGACGAAGCAUUAGGAUGUAUAGAAUUCGCACAGCGCUUCCGUGCUCGCUAUGGACCCAAUACGCCAAAUUUCUUCGAAGGGACCUUACAGGAUGCUAUCAAGGAAUCCUGCCUGAAACCUGCGAAAGAGAGAAAGCUACUAGGAGUAUACUUACAUCACGAACAAUCAGUUUUGUCCAAUGUGUUCUGCGCUCAACUAUUAGGUUGUGAAACUGUUCUACAGACUCUUGCUGCCAACUUUGUACUCUACGGAUGGGAUCUUACACAUCCACAUAAUAACAAUAUGCUGCUGACGUCGAUAGCGAGCGCGCUGGGCCCCGUGGCCAGCAUGACGAUCCGCAGCAUACCCGUGGAGCGCCUGCCCGCGCUGCUCAUCAUCAUGCGCGUGCGCUCCAACACCGAGAUAUACUCCGUCAUCAAUGGUAAUGUUGGAGUGUCCGAAUUGGUGGGCAGUCUAGUCGAAGCUCUAGAGAGAUUCGCGUCGCAACGUGAGGAGGAUGCGCGGUUAGAGAGGGAAAGAGAUGCAAGACAACGAGUCAAACUCGAGCAAGACGAAGCAUAUCAGCGCAGUCUCGAAGCUGACAGGGCGAAAGAAGAAGUAAAAAAGCAACAAGAAUUAGAAAGAAAUCAAGAAUUGGAGAGAGUAGAAUCGGAAAGACAAAUAGAGGAAGCCAGAAAAGAGGCGCUUCGAGCUGGAGCGGAAGCGCGCCUCCCAGCGGAGCCCGCCGAAGGCGACGCCGACGUGGCGCGCGUGCGCGUGCGCCUGCCGCCGCCGCACCACGCCUGCCUCGAACGCCGCUUCCGCGCGUCCGACUCGCUCGCCGCUUUAUUAGACUUCCUCGCAUCGAAAGGUUACCCAAAAGAAAACUACAAGGUUAUCGCUAGCUGGCCUAGAAGAGACCUCACCAUGGAAUCUCACAAUAGUACACUGAAGGCGCUCAAGUUAUACCCACAGGAGACGGUCAUGUUGGAGGAACGGUGAAUGUGACACGCCACAGCUGCCGCGGAACGUACAUGAUUCACGAAUAACAAACAGAGGGUACCAAUAUCCAACAGUUUCAAACUACCCGCAUAUCACCCAACUUCGACCAACUUCGUUUAUUAAAUCACACGAUCAGUUAUCUCUUAUUUUAACGUAUCCCUGUCUAAAUAUGUAGUAUGUAUAUAUAAGAUUCUCAUUAAUUUAAAAUUUAUUUUUGAAUUUUAACAUUAUAAAUAUCAUUUAAUCCUCCCAUAUUAUACCUCCAUAAUGUAGACCGAGACAUAGUGACUGAAAAUUCUAAGUGAUUUAUUACAAGUGUCCAACUUGACAUUUGU